GAUAGUUUCACGUCAACGCCGCUAAAAUAUCCUCUAGGCCUCUUAAAUUCAUCGUUUAAUGUGACGUUAGACACGGUAAUUUUUGCGUUUGGAUUUAAUUGUACGCCUAGUACAGUCUCAACUAUAGCUAUGACAAAUGCAUACAUGGGAUUAAAAGAAAACACUAAUAUAAACUAUGUACUUCUGAAUUGGGAAAACGAAGCGACUACUAAAUACUUGGGGCCCGUUAUUCACUAUCCAGUUACAGCCAUUCCCAACGCCAAAAGAAUUGGUGAGGACUUGGGUGAUGCGCUUUUAGAAUUGUCAAACCACGGACUUGAUUUGGAGCGCGUACAUUUAAUUGGACAUUCACUUGGUUCUCAUCUAGUGGGUCACGCUGGUAGGCAAACAAUAAAAAAAAACAAAUCCGUUGGAAGAAUUACCGGUUUAGACCCUGCAGGGCCCCUAUAUGAUGGUCCUACUUUACUACAUCCGUUGCGAGAGACUGAUGCCAGUUUCGUCGUUGGUAUCCACAGUGACCCUGUCGUAUAUGGUACAUCACAAAAUGUCGGCCAUGUUGACAUUUGGCUUAAUUGUGGCAUGAAACAUCAACCAGGCUGUCGGGAGAACUUUUUAGAGCUAUGCAGUCAUGCCCGUGCCAUUUAUUAUUACGCAGAGUCAAUAAAUUCCAAAGAAGCUUUUCCAGCUGUUGAGUCCAAGAGUUGCCGUGACUGGAAAGCUAAGAAAAGUAUCGAUGAUGAAGAUGACAUUAUAUAUAUGGGAGACAAUAUUGAUAGAAACACAACAGGAAUCUUUUAUUUGAGAACAAAUUCAGAUCGGCCUUUUGGAAAAGGCCUGGAUGGAAUUCAAUAUUCUUAAUAAUUUAAGCAAAAAUAUUUUAGGUUCGCUUUUCCGGAACAAAAACUCAAA